AUGGAGUUUUUGACCACCUGUUGUCUCGCCGUUCUGGCUACAACAGCAUUCGCUGCUGCAGCUGAAAAGAAAUCCGACGAAAAGGAAUCCAAAUUGGAGAAACGCGGAUUGUACGAUUCGUUCGGUGACUUUGGACACGAUCAUCAUCAUCAUCAUGAACACAUCAAAACCAUCACGAUCGAAAAGAAGGUGCCCGUCCCAUACCACGUAACGAAACACGUUCCAUACACUGUCGAGAAAAAAGUCCCUUAUGAAGUGAAAGUGCCCGUACCACAACCCUAUGAAGUUGUGAAAAAGGUCCCAGUUCACAUUAAGGAAGUCGUCAAAUAUCCCGUUCAUGUUCCGGAGCCUUAUGAAGUCGUCAAGAAGAUCCCUUAUGAAGUCAAGGUGCCCGUUGACAAACCAUAUCCCGUGAAAGUACACAUUCCCGAACCGUAUGAAGUUGUUAAGAAGAUCCCAGUUGAGGUUAAGGUCCCAGUGCCACAACCCUACGAAGUUGUCAAGAAGGUUCCCUUUGAAACGAAAUACGAAGUCCCUGUUCCAAAGCCAUACACUGUCAUCAAGAAGGUGCCCGUUGAAGUGAAAGUACCUGUCGACAAACCAUACCACGUCGAGGUCCCAAAACCAUACCACGUGCCCGUUGAGAAACCAUACCCAGUCGUUGUCGAAAAGAAGGUUCCAUACGAAGUCAAGGUCCCCGUUGACAAACCAUACAAAGUCGAAGUAGAGAAACCAUAUCCCGUUCAAGUCAAGGUUCCCGUACCAAAACCAUACGUUGUCGAGAAAAAGGUCCCAUACACCGUCGAGGUACCAAAACCAUACGAAGUCAAGGUUGAAAUCGAGAAGCCUUACAUCGUCCAUCAAGAACACAAAGUCCCAAUUUUGAAGGAAGUCCCCGUCGAACACAAAUAUCCCGUUCAUGUUCCACACCAUCAAGAAUCUCAUGGCGGAUAUUCCCAUGGCGGAAGCAGCGGCGGUGACUCCUAUUCUCAUCAUGAACAAUCAUGGCGUUAA